AGUCGGGGUGCGGGGAGAGCUCGAAGCAGAAGAGGGAGAACGAGGGUGAGCACGCUGAGCAGUCGUGCGUGCGCUCCGCUCUGCGCCACAGGAUCGCCCAACGAAGCACAAGCCAGCAGGGUCGCGGUCCUGAGGACAUUGCUGCCACUCAGGCGUGCAGAGAACCAACCACAGAAUCUGGAGGUCGAAGCAGCCCCGAAUCGGGGCAGUUUCGGGACUCGGAGGGUGCGGAGGAAAAGCGAAGCCAGAACGCAGAUCCCAGACUCCGGAGGAGAAAGGGCAGUGGAUCACGGUGCCGGCACGUCGCGAGCCCCAAAGCUCCCAGAAUCGUCUGGAUCGCGCGCUGCGCUUCGCAGCUGGACGGCACGCCCCCCUUAGCUUCCGCACCCUUCCCUCUGGGCGCCUCCUCACCUGACCCCGGAGGAACUUCCACCUGAAAAGGUACAGGACAAAGCCAGGUACCCGGCGCCCACCAUGCGUCUCAACAGCUCCGUGCCGCAGGACGCUCCUGGCGAACCCGGAGCCCAACCCUUCCCGCGAUCGCAGUCAGGACUGGAGGCCAUGCUCCUGGCGCUCGGCUUGGGCAAUGGCUCUGGAAACACCUCGGAAUCUGUCCUGGCAGCGCCCAACAGCGACCUGGACGUGAACACUGACAUCUAUUCCAAGGUGCUGGUGACCACUGUAUACCUGGCGCUCUUUGUGGUGGGCACUGUGGGCAACUCAGUGACAGCCUUCACCCUGGCGCGGAAGAAGUCACUACAGAGUCUGCAGAGCACUGUGCACUACCACCUGGGCAGCCUGGCGCUGUCCGACCUGCUCAUCCUGUUGCUGGCCAUGCCUGUGGAGCUGUACAACUUCAUCUGGGUGCACCAUCCCUGGGCCUUUGGGGAUGCAGGCUGCCGUGGCUACUAUUUCCUGCGCGAUGCCUGCACCUAUGCCACAGCCCUUAAUGUAGCCAGCCUGAGUGUGGAGCGGUAUUUGGCCAUCUGCCAUCCCUUCAAGGCCAAGACCCUCAUGUCCCGCAGCCGCACCAAGAAGUUCAUCAGUGCUAUAUGGCUAGCCUCGGGGCUGCUAGCUGUGCCGAUGCUCUUCACCAUGGGCCUAAAGAACCGCAGUGCGGAUGGCCAGCACCCCGGCGGCCUGGUGUGCACACCCAUUGUGGACACAGCCACCGUCAAGGUCGUCAUCCAGGUUAAUACCUUCAUGUCCUUUGUGUUCCCCAUGUUGGUCAUCUCCGUCCUAAACACUGUGAUUGCCAACAAGCUGACCGUCAUGGUGCACCAGGCCAACGAGCAAGGCCGGGUGUGCACUGUGGGCAACCAGAACAGUUUACAGCACAGCAUGUUCAGCAUGUCCGUCGAACCUGGACGUGUCCAGGCCCUACGCCACGGAGUCCUCGUCUUACGUGCUGUGGUCAUCGCCUUUGUGGUCUGCUGGUUGCCUUACCAUGUACGGCGCCUCAUGUUCUGCUAUAUCUCGGAUGAACAGUGGACUACGUUCCUCUUCGACUUCUACCACUACUUCUACAUGCUGACCAACGCCCUCUUCUACAUCAGCUCUGCCAUCAACCCCAUCCUCUACAACCUGGUCUCUGCCAACUUCCGCCAGGUCUUCCUGUCCACGCUGGCCUGCCUGUGUCCCGGUUGGCGGCGCCGAAAGAAGAGGCCAACGUUCUCCAGGAAGCCAAACAGCAUGUCCAGCAACCAUGCCUUUUCUACCAGCGCCACGCGGGAGACAAUGUACUAGGCCCUGAGAAGGUUGGGAGGGGGCCUCAGCUUGUGAGCCUUCACGGGGUUCACUAGUGGCCAGUCUAAACCAUGCCGGUGAGGCUGGGGCUCCCUGCCUCUAGAGGCUUCUUUCUUUACACUUUCUCUUUCCUUUCUUCCUCUGCUCCCCUCCUCCCCAGUCCUCUAUUCUUGCUCUCUAUCCCGCUCCUACCUCCAAUUUAAAAACGAGAACAGAGGCCGUUUCUCUCUCUGCCCCUCAAAAGGUCUCCAACAAGAAGAAAUUAGCACUCACCAAGGAUAGCUUCCUUUGUUCCCACGCUAAUGGAUGCUUAGAAAGAAGAAAUGAAAGCACCACAUUGGGACCCAUCUGUUGGGUAGACGGGAUGCUGUAAUCAUAACAGCACCUUGUAGCUGCACCAGCUGGGCCAGACACCGUCCGAAGCUGAACUUGGGCUCAAAGUCCACAGGCAUAGGCUCCAUCUCAGCUUCCUCAUGCCUCUGCUCCUGCCCUGGUCCUGCAGAUCCUGUGGCUCUCUGUGAGCCUCAUGUCCAGACCCUUCCUGGGCAGACUGGCAGACUGCCUCUCCCUGAGUGGUCCAGAGAAUCCCUCAACAUUUUACUUAAGGCUCAGGGCCACAGCUGAAAGCUGAGAGGAUCCAGGCCUCUGUCUCCACCUUGGACAGCUAUGGCCCACUAAAGAGACCCAAGUUCUCACAUGCUCAGAGAGGACAAAAGGCUGACCUGGACUCAUACAGACCUGGACUCCCUCUUCUUUAGGCCUGUCCUCACCCAGGACAAUCCUCAAAUGGCCUUGCAGGGAUACCUGCACUGCGACCUUGACCUAUUGGAUCUGCAGAGGGCUGGCAGAUAGGUGGGGCCCAGCCUCCCCUGUCCAGGUGAUUUUGUGGGGGGAUACAUAGUCCUGUGUCUCUUAGACAGCUGUAUAAACUAAGGUCUGGCAGCUGCUGGCUUCAGGACGGGACUCCUGAGAAGGGUACUGAGCCAGGUCCUCAGCAAGUUGCCAGGGUCUGAGACUUUGCAGGUAAGGAGAGGCCAGUGCUCCAGCAUCCAGCUGGCCAGCAGCCCCGGACUGAAGCAUAUGCCAAUUUGUUACCAGCUGCCAAGCAGCCGCCCUGGCCCAGGUUCUAGGCGCCCGGAAAAGCAGGCACCCUUCAUCUCUGGGAGCUGUCUCCAAAUAAGACAGAACCAUCGAGCCUCCAGCCAAGAAAGUUGGCUGAGCGCUUGGAGACAGUCCCAGGAUGCCCUGGACCAGCAAGGGAGGAGUGGCAGGAGGGCCAGAGAACUAAGCUCAGCCUUUUGCAAAAAGAGUCUUUGGCCUCACUGUCCUGAAGAGAAAUGAAUAAGUGGGCGGUUGGCUGGUGAGAACAGUACUGCUUUGGGACUUGGAGGGAGUAGUCAUGACCUGGGGCUAGCCUUCACUCCCUCUGGGCUAUAAAACAACAGGUUGGUUAUUGGGGUAUCUGUGAUCACCCAGAUAUAGCCACUGUGCUACUUGAACCCCACAAAACACCACUGCCAACAAAAUGACCCUUCAGGUCAUCAAAGGCAGGGCCUGGCUGACACCAGGAAGAUGUGAUCAGCCCAGAGGGAUCCUCCCCAUCCAAGAACUGUCUACAUGGGAGCCCUCCCAGACAGUGAGUGGGUCGCAGACCAGUGCUUUUGCAUGAGGAUAUGGACUUAUACCCUGACCAGGCAGUCCAGCCCUAGGCCCCCAUCCUGGGUUCCCAGACCUUGGGCAAACCUUUUUUCUGAGCCUCAAUUUUCUCAUCUCAGCUGACUGGGACUGUCUUGAAGGACCCAGCCUAGAAUAAACAGAAGAGAGAAGCCCCGAGGCUGGGUAGAGCCAAUGCCCUGUUAUACAACCUCCCAGAAGUGCUGUGGCUGUUCCCAGAAGUCCUUGCUGUGGUCUUUAGCCUCUUGUCUGUGCUUGACAUAGUUAGGGACAUAAGUCCAUGCCCCACCAGACACACCUAUGACCUCGGCUUGGUAUUCUCAGCUCUGGGCCAAGUUCUGGAGGCUGACCUUAGUGUCCUGGGUCACAAAUCCAGAGUCUCAUGAGCCCAGUAGUGAUGUAGACACAGGUCGUGUGCCCUCAAACAUCCACCAGAAUACCCCCAGCCCACCCCCACUGCAAUCAAGGAACACUCUCCCCCAUGUGUCCCCCGUAAAGAAUAAAGGAAAUUGUGGACACCCAG